CGGCCCUUCUUCGGGUGUGUUGGCCUGUCGGGCCCGGGCCCCCCCGCCGGGUUGGGUGGCCCGCCGCCGGGCGUUCGCGUGCGUCCCCCCGCGCUUGGGAUUUUUGGCCCCGUGCUUCUGUCGCCGCCCCCCGCCGGCCAGGAGGGUCGAUCGCCAGCCAAGUCGGCGCACCUGUUUGUGGCCAGCUUUGCCGGCGGUUUCAAAGUUGAUUGCGCAUUUGGCCGAUGGGGCGCGCUGGGCGGAAGAGCCAGGGUCGCAGUCUUGAGCGCCGCCCGUCCCGUCGCUUGCCUAGGACAAGGGCCGCCCGUUCGGAUCGAUCGAUGGCUGUGUGGGAGUUUUGGCAGCUUCCUGGCGGACAGUCGAGGGCGACGGCGGCAACUCCACAGCGCACGGACGGGCGCGCGCCUAUCUUUCCCGAGUCAGACAGUUUCUCUCUAGUCUACAUAAUUUCUUUGUUUACCAGCUCAGAU